AGGCAGAGGCUCAUCACAGAAGUGAGAGGAGAAGGAGGAGGAGGAGGAGGGAGAGUAACACGACGGCUCACACUAUAUUUCAAGUUAUUGAGCAGAGAACAGCGUUGCCACUUCACGGAGGAGAGAACCACAGCAGAACAUCGACUGAACCAAUGGCUGUUGUGGAGGACUUGUUGUUCUCCCUCGUCUCCGGCCCCACCACUCUGCUGGCCGCUGCUGUUGUGCUCCUCGUCCUCUGCCUCGUCUCCAGCCGCCUCAGCCCGGGUGAAGCGGCGAGGGGUCCCCCGGGGCCGAGGCCUCUGCCCCUGCUCGGCAACGUGCUGCAGCUGGAUCUCAAGAGACCCUACAGGACCCUGUGUGAGCUUUCAGAGAAAUAUGGCUCAGUGUUCACUGUUUACUUUGGACCUGAUAAAGUGGUGGUGCUGGCUGGAUACAAGGCGGUCAAGGAGGCUCUGGUCAGCUUCUCAGAGGAGUUUGGAGACCGAUACAUCCACCCCAUGUUUUAUGACUUGAAUCAAGGUCAUGGAAUCAUUUUUGCAAACGGAGAGUCGUGGAAGGAGAUGAGGCGUUUCGCCCUCUCCACCCUGAGAGACUUCGGGAUGGGCAAAAGAGUAAUCGAGGAUAAAAUCGUGGAGGAGUGCCAGUUCCUGAUCCAGAUGUUCGAGGAGCACAAAGGGAAACCUUUUGAUACAGCAAAUCCAUUAAAUUAUGCCACGUCCAACAUCAUCUCUUCCAUCGUGUACGGGAGCAGAUUUGAAUAUAACGACCCUCAGUUUCAAAACCUGGUGAAAAGAUCGAAUGAAAGCAUUCGGUACAGCGGCGCCGCUUCAAUCCAGAUGUACAACAUGUUUCCCAGGUUGUUGGGUUGGAUAAGAACCCGGCAGCUCAUAUUACAAAAUCUCCACUCGAGCAUCAGGGAUGUGAGAGACUUAAUCAAGAAACUGAGAGAGACGCUGAACCCAAACUCCUGCAGGGGGUUCGUGGACUGUUUUUUGGUUCGGACACAGAAAGAAGAGGACUCUUGUGUUACAGACACUCACUACAAUGAGUUAAACUUACUUUUUUCGAUAACGAACUUGUUUGCUGCUGGAACUGACACCUCUGCAAGUACACUCAGAUGGGGUUUGCUGUUUAUGGCCAAAUAUCCCCAUUUACAAGACAAAGUCCAGGAGGAGCUGAGCAGGGUGAUCGGAGGCCGUCAGGUUCGAGUGGAGGACAGGAAGAACCUGCCGUACACCGACGCCGUCGUCCAUGAGAUUCAGAGAAAGGCCAACAUUGUCCCCAUGUCCAUUCCUCACAAAACCAGCCGAGACGUCACCUUCCAGGGCUACUUUAUCAAAGCGGGUACUAUUGUGUUUCCUCUUCUUACUUCUGUCCUGGCUGAUGAGAGCGAAUGGGAGACCCCGCACACUUUCAACCCGUCCCACUUCCUGGACAACGAGGGUAAAUUCAUCAAGAGAGACGCCUUCAUGCCCUUCUCUGCAGGCCGCAGAGUGUGUCCCGGAGAGAGUCUGGCAAAGAUGGAGCUCUUCAUCUUCUUCGCCUCCCUCCUUCAGUGCUUUUGCUUCACUCCUCCACCUGGAGUGGAAGAGGAUGAACUGGAUCUGACCCCGGCUGUGGGCUUCACCCUCAGCCCUUUACCUCAUGAGCUGUGUGCGGCUCGUCGCCAGUGAGGGAGACGGCCAGAGCGCUGGAUUAUAACAGCCUUUGUCAUUUGGACAAAUUGUUUUUCUUCUAUUUUUCAUGCUGCCCAAAUCCUCGAGAUCGAGAGCUGUGAUCAGGAUACAGAAGUGAUCUGAGAGGAUGAUGAACAAAUUAAAGAUGGGAACGCCGAAUAGCCUGUUAUUUUUUUUUAUAUAUUGAUAGAAACUUGAUGUAUUUGCACUUUUAUAGUUAGAGAAGACAAGAGCAUAUUUCUGCUUUUCAGCAACUGGGGAUUUAUUUUUACAAACUGAUUUACAUUUCUUUUGUAUAAUUAGAUAGAGAUGAUUUCCCAACAAAUUGUUGAAAUCAGUGUCAGUUAUUUGCUCGAUCUUUUAUUUUAGCGCCUACGUCUUUAUUUCUACUGGAUAAUAUAAAGUGAAAUUACAAUACAUGAUUAAAAUGUUCAAAAUGUUGUGAUGUUAGCAAAUAAAUAAAUAUUUCAUAAAGGGGAAAUUGAGUUUAAGCUG